UCACAUAAUCGUUGUCAAGGAAGAAACUCGCUGUUGUGUAUAUAUAAAGAUACGCGGUUCAAACGAGCCCAGUCCGGGGCGCUUGAACACUCAUCAAGGCAAAGUGCUCGAGAGAUUUUUUUGACGAGGUUUAUUUGUUUCUGACUGCUCCUCUGAGACGUCAUCCACGACCAUGGCCGGCUACAGAGUUUUGUUGUUACUUAGUACAACGUUGAUGGGGAUGACAGCGGCGUACAAACACGUGGUCUUCAUGCAUGGUGUACUGGCUGGGAUAGAGGAGUUCACACCUUUUGUCAAGCAGCUGAAGAUUGACCACCCAGGGACCAAUGUGACACUCAUCAAAGCCUACAGUAAUCUACAUAGCUUGAAACCACUCUGGAGCCAGGUGGGGACGAUCAAGGCGCAGCUUACUGCUGUCAUGAACAGCAACCCUGCAGGCAUCCAUCUUGUUUGCUUCUCGCAAGGGGGGUUGAUAUGUCGAGGCCUCCUGUCCGUGCUCCGACAUAACGUGGACACAUUCAUAGCACUCAGCUGCCCCCUCGCUGGUCAGUAUGGAUGUGAGUAUAUAUACAUGUCGUACAUGAAGAAGCGUUUCCCGAAGUAUGUCACAAAACACCUUUACAAGGUUUUGUACACCAAGGCUGGACAAGACAUAUCUCUCGGCAACUUCUGGAUGGAUCCCCAUCACUUGACGCAGUAUCGAAAGUAUUCACAGUUUCUGGCUGUCAUCAACAACGACACAGACAAAGGACAAAGUCAUACGUACAAGCAGAACUUCUCGCACCUGAAGAAAUUGGUGCUGAUUGGUGGGCCAGAUGACGGAGUUAUCACCCCUUGGCAGACCGGACACUUCGGGAUGUUCAACUCCAGUGAGGCAGUUCUACCCAUGGAGGACCAACGAUGGUAUAAAGAGGACAGUUUUGGACUCCGGACACUCAACGUGAGGAAGGCGAUCAAGAUGCUCACAUUCUCCGGCGUUCACCACACCAAGUGGCACGUCAACAUGACCAUCUACGAGAACGGCAUCAAGCCAUUCCUCACAUAAACUCACCAAGAACUAUCACACCUAUCAUGACAAUCUACCAGCACGGCAUCAAUUUUCACAAACCAACAUGUUAAUUUUCCUGCACGGAAUGACAUUCUAGAAACACUUACACACCAAAUCACAUUAAAUUUUCAUGACCUUCCUGCGUGUGGAGCUACUUUCGACAAAGAUCAUGUAAAUGUUUUAAAAAACAACCCAGUAUACAAUAUUGUGUCUACAAUAUCGCACAAACUUGUAAUCAUUAUGACCGCAAUGGCGCGAUGGUAUCAUUACAUCAAUUUCACAUUUCGAGCUCGAAACUUGACCUGCAAAUACAAAACAUGACAGAACGAUGAUCAAUAUUGCUCCCUAUGGAAAAUAUAAUAACCCA